CACACGCUCUCACAAAUAGGAAGAACAAGAAGAAGAUUAAUCAUCUCUUUCGGCAAUGGCUUCCACUGCUCUCUCCAGCGUCACCGUAAGCACCUCCUUCCUCCGCCGCAAGCAGUCACCAAUCAGCCUCAGAUCACUCCCCGUGGCCAACACACAAUCCCUCUUCGGCCUCAAACCCUCGACCUCUCGCGGCGGCCGCGUCACAGCCAUGGCUACCUACAAGGUGAAGUUCAUCACACCAGAUGGAGAGAAGGAAGUGAAGUGCGACGGUGACACAUACGUCCUCGACGCGGGAGAGUCCGGAAUGGAUUUGCCGUACUCAUGCCGUGCGGGAGCUUGCUCGAGCUGCGCAGGUAAAAUAGUGUCUGGCUCCGUUGACCAGUCGGACCAAAGCUUCUUAGACGACGACCAGAUCAGCGAAGGGUUCGUUCUCACGUGCAUCGCUCGUCCAACUUCUGAUGUCGUUAUUGAAACCCAUAAAGAAGACGCCAUGAUUUAAAUUACUCAAAAAGUAUUUCACUUUCUAUCGAAAUCAUCACAUUAGAGAGUAUGUUAGAUGAUGGAUAAUAAGACUCAUGUCAUCCUUUUCGA